UGAAAUGACACGUGUAAGGCUCCUAAAGAGCAUACAAAGAGUCCCUGUAUGCCCAAUACACUGCGACGUCAGUGUCUCUUUGGCACUGGGCUGAGUUACCAGCAGCAACGUCACUCCCUGACGGCGGCAUCACAGAGCAGCACGGACCGCCAUCCGCGCAGCAGCGAGUCGCUCCGGAACUCGGUGGAGGAAGAAAACGUUGGACAGUGGCUCUCUGCUGUGGGACUGACUGGACGGCCGCUUCCCGCUCCUGUAGCUCAGUGUCUAAGUAACACCCAGGACCAGAAGGCUUGAGCGAACACAAGAUGGUGAUUACCAGCAUGGCAUCCCUCAGAAGGACAUCACUGGCCAUGGACACAGAGAGCAGAUGUUUGCAGUGAAGAGAAGUAGCCUGGAGAGGAGGUAGUAACAGGUGUUGUGUGCCAAGGUGGAUUUGGAGGUGUGGAGGAGAGCUGAAGAUCAUGGGUAAAUCAAACAGCAAGCUCAAGCCAGAGGUGGUGGAGGAGUUAACAAGGAAAACCUACUUUACAGAGAAAGAGGUGCAGCAGUGGUACAAAGGCUUCAUUAAAGAUUGCCCAAGUGGGCAGCUGGAUGCUGUGGGCUUUCAGAAGAUAUACAAGCAGUUCUUUCCUUUUGGAGAUCCCACGAAGUUCGCCUCCUUUGUCUUCAAUGUAUUCGAUGAAAACAAGGAUGGACGCAUCGAGUUCUCUGAGUUCAUCCAGGCCUUGUCAGUGACUUCCCGGGGAACUCUUGAUGAGAAGUUGAGAUGGGCUUUUAAACUAUAUGACCUGGAUAACGAUGGCUACAUCACCAGAGAUGAGAUGUUGAACAUCGUUGAUGCCAUUUAUCAGAUGGUGGGGAACACUGUGGAGCUGCCAGAAGAAGAAAAUACACCAGAAAAACGUGUGGAACGUAUUUUUGCAAUGAUGGACAAGAAUGCAGACGGGAAGCUGACUCUGCAGGAGUUUCAGGAGGGUUCAAAGGCAGACCCUUCUAUUGUUCAGGCAUUGUCUCUCUAUGACGGACUUGUGUAGGAAUGUAAGAUGGAUCCAACACAGUAUCCACACACCGAUCCAGCACCAUCAUAUCUGCAACGGGAAGGAACCACAUUUAUCUCGCUCACCUAGAAGUGGACUGAAAACUUUACGUCUACAUUUCUAGUUUGGAUUGUAAAACAAAUAUAUCCUCUGAUGUGACGGAAAAGUCAAACAUAUCAUCAAAACCCUCAGUCAUUAAUCUGUGCUUUUACACCUAAGUGGCUCCGCGUAAACCCAUUGAGUGUUGUGGAUUGUGUAUGAGCAUUUCUGCAAACGCACCGUUGUGGUAUCCCCAUGGACAGUCCAAGGAACUCCGUUUCCCCUGAGAUGUUAGUGUGCAUCUUGUUCACAUACUGUAAACCAGGGACUGCACGUGAAUCGCUCAGAUGAACUGUGCUGCUGCUUCACCAUCACGCAAAGAGACUCAAAACCCGGGAGAAUCUGGAAAAAUGUGUUGCUUACUGAUAACGUCAACACAGACUUACAGUGACAUGGCAGUAGAGUGUACAUUGUAUAAUGUAAAUAGAAGGGUAAUUUAUUUUCUGCUUAUUUCCUCAUAAGUAUGGAAUGAAGUUUUAUUUUUUAUCAAAGUGUUAAAAUGUAUUGCACUGUAUUUUUCAUUAUUGUGGGAUGUUUAUUCUCCUUCAUUCUGAGGUUUCCUUUUCCUGAGAGAACAGGGUUGUUAUUUGAAGAGGAGCUGGGAUUUUACUAUGGAUUAUUUAUUUUACUAUGUUUGCACUCUUCACAUCCUAUUGUGCUUUCACUUCCCCGUUAACACUUGCGCCUAGUGUCUGCAGUGUUACACAGCGACGCCCUCAACAACAUGACCAAGCAACACAGCAAAUUCUCACAGCUUCCAUCUGAACUAAGGCUCAUUAUUUCUUUUGAGAGCAUCGUACUCCACCCUCAGCGCACACAAAGCCCGGGUCAUUGAGAGGCACAAACAGACAUUAAUUCUGGUUGUAAAGCUUUUUGCGAGCUUUGUGGUUGCAAUUGUCCACUUUGUUUUUAUCCUGUGUGAGGCCAGAGCAUGUGAUGAUGCCUUUUUUCAUUCUUGGAUUGUUUUAGUUACAGCAUUAAGAUGUUUUAUUAGCUUCACUAAUGUUAUGCCUUAUGCAAAUGAUAAUUUACUAAAUGAUAAAUGUCAUUUACCUGUUAUAACAGUAUAAGAGCACAGAAUAAAAUGCAUUUAAGUGGCAACUUUUCUAUCACUGCGUGCUUAGUCUUUGUAUUGGAAAUUAAUAGAAUUGUGUUGAAUUUUUUUAGGUGAUCAUUUGUAGGAGCUGAUUUAGUUUAAUGUGUAAGUGUUGCUGAAACGUGUAUUUGCAAAAUGUUCAACUUUCCUUAUGAUCCCUAAUGAAUCACGUCUCAAGACAAUAAUCCACCCCCGACAGACUUCACACACCCAAUUGCAUUGUCUUCAAAAUUUAAAAGAAAUUUAAAUAUCUUACUUGCUGGCUCACUUUGUGGUAUAAUUCUGCACUGUUUUGGUUGUAUACUGAACAAUGAACUGCAU